AUGGUCCCCUCUUUCUACAGUUCCCGAACUUCAAAUAUCUGUAUCAUUUCUUUCCUCCUUCUUCUUCUUCUUCCCUUUGUUAAUUCAAUUUCCUUAAAAAGAACACGAUUUGACCCCACUGACACCAGCAUAAUCUAUGAGGGAGGUGCAUCAGCUUAUGUUGGAACCAUUGAAUUUAAUAGUGACACUUAUAUGUGUCAAGUUGGUCGAGCUACUUACGCUAGCAAGAACCAUAUUGUUCACAUUGAAUUUGAUUCUUUUGCGAAUUUUGAUUGGGAUCCUCCAAUUCAACAUGUUGGGAUCAACAACAACUCCAUCUCCUCAGCCACAUACACCUAUUGGAAUACUAGCUUACACCGUGGCGAUACUGCUGAUGUGUGGAUCACCUAUAACUCCACUACAAAGAAUCUGACUGUUUCUUGGAAAUACCAGACAACUUCUGCUCCUCAAGAGAAUACAAGUCUUUCCUACAUUAUUGAUCUCAGGGAGGUUCUUCCUGAGUGGGUCACGAUUGGGUUUACAGCCGCUACCUCUAAUCUUAUUGAGCAGCAUGUGCUUCAGUCAUGGGAAUUUAGUUCGACUCUGGAGAUGAGUGAAACGAGAGGAAAGGAUGCUAAAAAGAUGACACUAGAGGUGAGUCUGGCAGUUUCAGGAGCUGUUUUGAUAGCUGUGAUUGCUGUAGUAUCUGGAAUUCUGUGGAGACGGAAGUUGAAUGGGAACAAUGUGUUGUUCAUCGAUGUCAAAUCAAGCAAUAUAAUGCUCGAUCCAAGUUUCAAUGUCAAGCUCGGUGAUUUUGGGUUAGCUCCACUAAUGGACCAUGAGCUAGGUCCGCAGCCUACAGGGUUGGCUGGAACUAUAGGCUAUUUGGCUCCAGAAUAUAUAAGCACAGGUAGAGCUAGUAAGGAGUCUGAUGUAUAUAGUUUUGGAGUGGUUGCUUUAGAGAUUGCUACUGGAAGAAAAGCAGUUGAUACCACUGAACAAAAUUCAGAAAUGAGUUUGGUAGAGUGGAUUUGGGAUCUCUAUGGAAUUGGAAAGCUUAACUUGGCUGUUGACGAGAAACUUCAGUCUGAUUUUGAUGACAAUCAAAUGGAGUGCUUGAUGAUUGUGGGUAUCAGAAAACAUAAUGAAGAAGAUGACAUGGCAGUGAGGCUUACUACGUGGCAGCCACAUCACAUAGCUGAUUGCAAGAUUAGUUAA